AUUUCUCCACGCCCAUCAACACAAUGUCGUCCACGGCCACACGCGACAUCAUCACCAGCAACUCCACGAUGCUGGGCUUUCAAGCAGGCGCCGUCGCCACCGCUGUUGCUGCUGCUGGCGCGACUCUCGCCCACUACAACUCGACGUUCUUCCGCACCCGUCUGGGUGUAAGUGGCAAGGUGGGGCUGGUUGCGUCGGCCGGCUUAGCCGCAUUUAGCAUUGCCGCGGAACGCGACUUGCUCCGGGGUAGUCGCAACCCCGACGAAUACCUCAGUGAGCUCCAAGCCAAGAACAAUGCCACUGCGGAUACCGUGACGGCCCAUCACGACAAGCUGCCACUGCACCAGCAAGCCGCAAACUACGUGCUCGACUACCCAUUCCGUACCCUCGCUGUCACGGCGACCCCUCUGGUGGGGGCGAUCUAUUUGCAUCAGAGCCACAACGCGAACAUCCAAUUCUCCCAGAAGAUCAUGCACACACGCAUUUACGGCCAAGGUUCGUGCGUAGUCCUGCUCCUGAGCACGAUGGCCUUCUACGAUUACAUGUCUCGACGAGGUCGCUUCGAAUAACUCAUCGUACACUAAUUUCAACCAACUGUAUACUAGUACUGUAAUGCAUCGCUCCAUAUUUCCAUA